GAGGGCAUUAGGAAAACCAGAGGAGAGAAAAAACACAAGAGAGAGAGAGAGAGAGAGAAAGCACAAGAGAGAGAGAGAGUAUGGAGAAAGGUUGGAGUUCACUAGUAUUUGUCUUGCCCUUCCUGGUGUACUUUUACUGGCUAAAACUAACGGCCAAGAAACCAGGCCGGCUUCCUCCCGGCCCAACCGGCCUCCCCAUAGUGGGCAGCCUCCACAGGCUCGGCAACAAACCCAAUGAGGCCCUCGCAGCCCUCGCAGAGACACACGGUCCCCUAAUGACGCUCCGACUCGGCUACCGCACCACGGUCGUCGUCUCCUCCUCGGACAUGGCCCAGGAGGUGUUGCAGAAGAAUGACCAGGCAUUCGCGGGGCGCACCACCCUUCAGGCCAUCACGGCUGAGUCCCACCACCGCUUCUCGAUUGCAUGGGCCCAGGUAGGCCCCUACUGGAGCACCCUCCGCGGCCUCUGCAACACUCAGCUCUUCACCACCCAGCGUCUCAAUGCCCUACACGCCCUCCGCCAUCGCAAGAUCUGUGAGCUCCUAGAGCUCGUGCGUCAGUACAGCGACGCUCGGAGAGCAGUCGACAUUGGCCAUGUCGCCUUCGUCACGUCAUUGAAUCUGUUAUCUAACAUGAUCUUCUCAUCGGACAUGGUCAAUCCUCAGUCCGAGUCCGCGGAGGAGAUGAAGGAGCUUGUAUGGUCGAUCAUGGAGGUGGUUGGGACCCCUAAUAUUGCAGACUAUUUCCCAAUCCUUAGGCCUUUGGACCCUCAAGGAAUCAAGCGCAAAACUGUUAUUCUUGUAAGGAGAAUGCACCAGCUUCUAAAUGUGAAGAUCGAUGAACGCGUGCGGGUUAGAGAGAGUGGGCAACCCAUUUGCGGUGACUUCAUUGAUGUCCUCCUCUAUUAUUCGGACCAAGAGAGCGGCUCAAAAUUCAGCCGCGCAGAGAUCUUGGCUUUCCUCUCUGACAUGUAUGCGGCCGGGAGUGAAACUACUGCAACAACAGUGGAGUGGGCGAUGGCUGAACUACUUCACAACCCCAACAAGAUGGCCAUGGCUAAGCAAGAACUCAAAGAGAACAUAGGCAGCACAAUGCACACAGUGGAAGAGACAGACCUAGGACGACUGCCAUACUUGCAAGCAGUGGUGAAGGAGACCUUGCGCUUGCAUCCUCCGGUGCCGCUUCUUCUCCCUCAUAGGGCAGAUGUCACUGUAAAAGUUCGUGGAUAUGUCAUACCAAAGCAUACACAGGUAUUAGUAAAUGCUUGGGCCAUAGGUAGAGAUGUUCAGGUGUGGGAAAAUCCAACAGCCUUUAUUCCAGAGAGAUUCGUGGGGUCGAAUAUCAAUUACAAAGGGAGAGAUUUCCAGUAUAUUCCAUUUGGGGCAGGUCGAAGGAUAUGCCCUGGUCUUCCUCUCGGGGUUCGUAUGGUCCAAAUAGUGCUUGCUUCGUUAUUGCAUUCUUUCGAUUGGGAGCUUCCUGAUGGGUUGAAACCAGAGGAAAUGGAUAUGAGAGAUAAGUUUGGGGUCACAUUGCAGAAAGCAGUUCCAUUGGAAGCUGUACCUGUAAAAGGCGAGGGGUCGCUACGCGUUGAGUAAUGAGUCUAACAUCACAUCCCUUUUGUAGUGGGAAAUGUUUUAAGGUUAAUAGUAUUGAUUAAUGUUAAAUUUUUUGAAAUUAUGCCCCCUUGAACUGUAAAACAUUAGGAGUACUAAUUUUUGUGGGGCUAUGGUGCCCUUUUAUUUU